AUGUCAACAGAUCAGCUGCUAGGAGCUGUUUUACGGCGGGUUCCUGAUGGCGAUCCCGUGUAUUUAUUGGAAUUGAUAGCAGAGUGUGGUGGCGACAUAUCCAAGGUCUUCAAACUGCUGGGCGUAAAUAAUGCAAGCAGCAAAAUCCAGUCAACAUUCAAGGUGUCAAAGGCGCCUCCGCCACAGGCCACCCGACCCAAAAGCGGUGUCGUACAUCUGCACACACCGGAGCAAGUAAAAGCGGCCAACAUUUGCUGCUCACUGCACUUGAGUGUUUUAGAAAGUUCCCGUGCGAACGCUUUGUUGUGCGAGCUUUUGGAGGACAGCCAAGACUGGAAAAGCUCCAAGUUUUAUCUGUUUGAUCGAGAGGUCCAAUCCCCCCAUACUUCCGCUACAUAUGCGGAUGAUGAAAUGUUGUUAAAAACUCAGGCAUCAACGUAUCAAGGGCGGAUGGUAGAGAAGAUUCUCCCUUUCAAUAAAGCGAUGGCCGAAGCACGAGACACAAUUCAAGCUAUCGUUAAUACAGAGAUGGAAAAACGAGCUGCCAAGGCAGGUAAAACUAAUUGGGUCAGUCAUUUUGCAAUUUGCAACCACUACAAGAGUAAAGACGAAAGUGUGGGGUACCACUCGGAUCAACUGACCCAUCUUGGCCCAAAGCCUACAAUCGCAGGGCUAUCAUUGGGGUCUUGUCGAGAGUUCCGCUUCAAGCAUCGACAUACUAAAAACUCGCCCGUCUACUCCAUUCGCCUCCCUCACAACAGCCUCGUGAUCAUGCACGCCGGUAACCAGGAGCUGUUCAAGCACAGCAUUGUACCCGUCCGCGCAGUUGACACGAAUCCAGUUUCGGGUACAUCCCGCAUAAGCAUCACUUACCGCUAUUAUCAUCCAGAUUAUACCUAUGAAAAGAUUCCUAAGUGUCGCUGUGAUAAGCCUAUGAUUCUCCGCACUACCGUUGGACUGCCCUACAAAUACAUUUGGCAGUGCGGCACAGCAUACCAAACAAACAAAGGCUGCGGUAAAGUAAUCGAAAAGGAUCCGUGA